AGGCAGGCAGCUGGGCUGGCAGCUCCUCUGGCUCCACAAGACCAAGAGAAAGCCUCCUGGAUGUGGCAGGAGAAAAAGAUGGAGGAGAAGACGAACCUGAGAAAACGCAGGGAGGAUGAGGGCUCCAUCCAGAGCACGGAACCCAAGGUCACCGAUCUCCAGAAAGAGCUGGGCCUGUUCAGCGGCAUCUGCAUCAUUGUGGGCACCAUCAUUGGUUCCGGGAUCUUCAUUUCCCCCAAGUCUGUGCUCAGCAACACAGGAACGGUGGGGCCCUGUCUCAUCAUAUGGGCGGCCUGCGGGGUCCUCGCCACACUGGGAGCUCUGUGCUAUGCAGAGCUUGGCACAAUGAUCACCAAGUCGGGCGGCGAGUACCCGUACCUGAUGGAGGCCUUUGGCCCCAUCCCCGCCUACGUCUUCUCCUGGGCCAGCACGAUGGUCAUAAAGCCCUCAUCAUUCGCCAUCAUCUGCCUCAGCUUUUCUGAGUACGUGUGUGCAGCCUUCUACUCAGGCUGCAAGCCUCCCGAGGUGGUCAUUAAAUGCCUCGCUGCCGCUGCCAUCUUGCUCAUCACCACAGUGAACGCCCUGAGUGCAAAGCUGGGAAGCUACGUCCAGAAUUUCUUCACUGCGGCCAAGAUGGUAAUCGUGGUCAUCAUUGUCAUCAGUGGCCUGGUCCUCCUGGCCCAAGGAAAUACGAAAAAUUUUGAAAAUUCCUUUGUGGGUACACCAGCAUCUGUGGGUGGCAUCAGCCUGGCAUUUUACAAUGGACUCUGGGCAUAUGAUGGAUGGAAUCAACUCAACUACAUCACAGAAGAACUAAGAAACCCUUACAGAAACCUGCCCCUGGCUAUCAUCAUUGGGAUCCCGCUGGUGACCGUGUGCUACAUCCUCAUGAACAUCUCCUACUUCACCGUGAUGACCCCGACGGAACUGCUGCAGUCCCAGGCGGUGGCUGUGACUUUUGGUGACCGCGUUCUCUAUCCAGCCUCUUGGGUCGUCCCACUUUUUGUGGCGUUUUCCACCAUUGGAGCUGCUAACGGGACAUGUUUUACUGGAGGCAGACUCAUUUACGUUGCAGGCCGUGAAGGGCACAUGCCUCAAGUGCUCUCUUACAUCAGUGUCAGGCGCCUCACGCCUGCCCCUGCCAUCAUCUUCUAUGGUGUAAUAUCAACAAUUUAUAUCAUCCCUGGUGACAUAAACACUUUGGUCAAUUAUUUCAGUUUUGCAACGUGGAUAUUUUAUGCAAUGACCAUUAUAGGACUUGUUGUGAUGAGGUUUACACAAAAACAUCAUAAAAGGCCUAUCAAGGUGCCCAUUUUCAUCCCCAUCUUGGUGAUUCUCAUAUCUGUGUUUUUGGUUCUGGCUCCGAUCAUUACUGACCCUGCCUGGGAAUAUCUCUACUGUGUGGUGUUCAUACUGAGCGGACUCAUAUUUUACUUCCUUUUCAUCCACUACAAGUUUGCAUGGGCUCAGAAAAUCUCAAAGCCAGUUACCAUGUACCUACAGAUGCUGAUGGAAGUUGUCCCACCAGAGAAGGCUCCAGAGUAACAAGUGCAUCUCUAAUAGCUC